AUGCUCUAUCUUACGAAGCGGAUGGAUUCAUAUUUUUUUAUAUGGGGGGGCAAGGAUGGCGAUCUUUCCGCAGAGGAAGGUGCAAACGCAGUCACUUAUAUCAUUUCCAGUGCUGAUCAAGACUCCAAUGGACUCUUCAAGAACAUCUGCGUGCCGGGCUAUGAUCAGUAUAAUGGAAAGGAAAUUGCGUGGUGA